AUGUAUUAUAUUUUAUUAGAACCUUUUUCGUUCAAUGUUUUAUUAAAAAGGCAAUAUCGUAUAAAUAACGUGUUCGAUUUAAGCCCGGCAAACAAGGAAAUCGAGAAAGGUUUCAUCGAAAACUAUGAUAGACCGCAUAUCGAAAUCCCUUCGCUGACACGGAACAUAGCUAAAUGUUAUGUUUGGGAUGAAACAGAAGCCAACCGUGGAGUUAAUGAAAUUGGAAGCUGCGUUUUGUUGUAUCUGCAAAGUUUAGAAGAACAAGCCAGCAAAACUUCUAACAAAGUAUUGGAUGUCAUAUUUUAUUCAGACAAUUGCUGCGGUCAGCAGAAAAACCGUUUUAUGAUGUCCAUGUACCUAUUUGCUGUACAAAAAUAUCCGCACAUAAACUCGAUUACUCAUAAGUUCCUUGUGAAAGGCCAUAGUCAGAACGGAGGUGAUAGUGUACACGCGACAAUUGAGCGAGAAAUCACAAAAUCACUGAGGUCGGGACCCAUCUAUGUUCCGCAACAAUACGUUACAAUCAUUCGUGCGGCCAAGAAACGAGGCACGCCGUAUGAGGUACGUGAACUAAAUCAUGAAUCCUUUUCAGAUUUGAAAGAUUUAGCUGCAAGAUUCUACGCCACUGAAGAGACACACGGCAAGGAAACCGAGCUUGCAAACUGGAAACAUAUAAAAUACGUGAGAUGUGGCCACUGGGCUGAUAAUUUGGGCAUAGAAAAGUCAUCUAAUAAAAUUAAUCAGUGUCCUUCAAAUUCCGCUGACUCAGGUCAUUAUACGGAUAAAAAUAUGACAGAUGACACAAGACGAAUUAUUAUUAGUUCACCAUCUUGUCGACCGAAAGGACCAUCUUGUCGACCGAAAGGACCAUCUCCGAAAGAUCAAACGCAGGAAAAUAGAAGUUCCAUCCGUAUUAAUGAUCCAUUAGAAUUCAUUUGUAUUGAAGCCGACAAGUUCAUUAACGGUAUAGAAGAUGGAGCCACAUUUACCAGAGAUGAUAAUUUCAACAUGUUUGUUCCACCUUAA